AUUAAGUUUUCUUUCUUUUGUAUAAAAAAAAUUCAAAUAUUCACCAGUUUGUUUACAGUAUAUUUAUUGUUUUUGCAGAAUCUGCAAUGCCCAUUUGAUUAUAAGAAAAAAUUGUCCAAACACAGAAAAACUCCUGGUGAAGCAACUGAGAUCCGCGCCACACACUAUUAUAAUAAUGGCGUUUAUUAAAGAGGAGAGUGAAGACUUCAAGAUUGAAGACGUUUUCAGUCUGAAACAAGAAGAUACUGAGGAACAAAUAGACUUGAUGGUGCUGAAAGAGCAGAGUGAAGAUCUGAAUGAAAACGAAGAAAAAUAUCUAAUCGAGAAACAUCUUGAUUUCAUAACUGAGGGAAAAUCUUUUAGUUGUUCACAGACUGAAAGUACUUCCUCACAAAAAAGUGUUCAGAAGGCUGAUACAAAAACUCAUUUUGUUUGCCAACAGUGUGGAAAUAGUUUCAAUAAAAAAAGAAACCUUGAGGACCACAUGAGAAUUCACACAGGAGAGAGGCCUUUCAUCUGCCAACAGUGUGGAAAGAGCUUCGCACGGAAAAGCAGCCUCAAGAUUCACUUGAGAACUCACACUGGAGAGAAGCCAUUUGCAUGUAGUCAGUGUAGGAAAAGUUUCACACAUAAAGAAACCUUUUAUACUCACAUGAGACUUCACACUGGAGAAAGCCCUUUCACCUGCAAACUCUGUGGAAUAACCUUGAAACGCAAAGGAAAUCUUAAAACUCACAUGAGAAUUCACACUGGAGAGAAGCCUUUCACAUGUGAUCAGUGCAGAAAAUGUUUCACACGUAAAGGAAGCCUUAAUAAGCACAUGAUGAUUCAUUUAAGAGAGAGCUGUUUUAUAUGUCAUCUGUGUAAAAUGGCUUUCAAAGACAUGAAACGCCUUAAAAGGCACAUAAUGACUCACAUUGGACAGAAGCCUUUUUUGUGUCAUCGGUGUGGAAAGACUUUCACACAUGAAGGAAACCUCAAGAGUCAUAUACGAAUUCACACUGGAGAGAAGCCAUUCACUUGCCAACAGUGUGGAGUCAGUUUCACGGAAAAAAGGAGCCUUAUAGACCACUUGAGAGUUCACACAGGAGAAAAGCCUUACACCUGCCAAGAGUGUGGGAAGAGUUUCACUAGGAAAGGAAGUCUUAAAGUCCACAUGAGGAUUCACAACAGAGAGAAGCCUUUCUCCUGCCCUCUGUGUGAAAAGAGUUUCAGACAUAAAAGAACACUUAAUAUCCACACAAGAGUUCACACUAGAGAAAGGCCUUUCUCAUGUCUUCAGUGUGAAAAACGAUUCUCAAAAGAAAUAGAUCUGGAAAGACAUAUGCAGUCUCAUUCUAGCAAGAAAUUGGCAGAAUGCUCUGAGUGUGGCAAGAUGUUUAAAGAAAGAAGCAACUUCGAAAAUCAUGUGUGUCUUCACUCUGGAGAAUGUUGGAGCGCAAACAGAUGAGAGGCUCAAAAGGCACACCUGUCUUUGAUUUCUGCUUUCAAAUUUUAUUAUUAAAAAUUAAAAAUAAAUUGCCUUUUCAUAUUUACUCAAAGCACAAAAUAAACCUGAAAGAACAUCAGAACUUAUUUAAUUUCAACCGUGGAAAGAUGUCAAUACACAACAUUUGUCAAGUUCAAGUCCAUCAAAGUUAAUCUACACGCUUGUCAGGUUUGUUUGUCAGGCAAGAUGGCGAAUACAGCUUUAUGAUUGGUCAGACAGCCUGUCAAUCAAACUCUUUGCAAUCGGUCAGUUGCUAGAGAGAGACAAUGGCUUGAAAAUAUUGAAUUCUCUGAUUGGUUAAAAUCAGUACCCAAUACAUUUUUGAAAGCCCCCUUAUAGCACUUGUAAGAAAAUGGAACCACACAUGCAAGGAGAAAAGCAAAAGCGAUAUGUGUGAUCAUAAAUAGUUGCACUCAUACCCUUCUAGCAAUAAUACUGACUCAGGUUUAAAUGCAAUUAAUCAAACACUUAUAACAGAAUUGAUCAGAAUUGAAACUGACCUGAAAAUUAGAGGCCCCAGAGUCAACAUGGAGGGCCGUAAAUUCAGAGAUUCUGUCAUUUAAUGCCACAAUAAGCUCUUAACUCCUCACAGCUCUAAAGCAAAGGAUCUUUGUCCCAGACAAGGAAAGACCCCUCUAACAUUGUCCAUUUUAGACAGUUAACCAAGACAAAUGGUGGAAAAACAAAACAGCACAUCAUGACUCUCACAAGGAAAGCCUCUGGUUUACCCCACCCAGACUCGGACUCCCUCUCAAGAACUUUCGACCGUUUCCUAACAGGACUGAAUUCCUCACCACUCUCAGAAUGGCACAGAGACUGGCUUUACAUAUGAAAAAUUCAUAAGAUCAUUCCAAAAUGAUGCUAAGAAGACCAAACAUCCUUCCACUACAUAACUCCAUAUCAUGUCUAUAAUCCAUGUUCAACAAUUAUGCUUAAUCCAAGGUUAAUAAUGCCAUUGGCAACCCAGGACGUCAAUUGCUUCCCUUUCCCUCCUUCAUUUUUUUAGUUAGUCCUCAACUUCCUUAGUAUUCUUAAUAUUCUAAAUAGUAAUUACUGAUUUAUAAUGAGAAUGAUAGUUUUGAAAAUAUAGUUGAGGUAACUUAUAUGAGCCAGAUGUAAUUGUCAGGAGCAUCUUAUGUGUGUUUGGUAUGAUAAUUCAUGUCUCAAAUAUUGAUAUCAGUCAAUUCAGUGUAAAAUGUAUCAUUCUCAUUAUAGAAAUCAUGACUGAAUUAAACUUUGCCGGAGCGGGAAAAUAAAGAUGUUGAUUAAUGAAUGUGGUUACACCCUGAAUCAAAGACAAUAACUACAUUUACAUUACAGAUUUGAUGAUGUUUUGUGACUAAAAUGUAAUUUUUUCCUCUCAUGAUAAGUCAUGGAUGUUGGUAGGGUAAUUUUAAUCAAAGCCAUUGCACUAGGCAUUAUUUUUAAGGAGGCAUAUGUGUAUAUCUUUGGUGAAGCAGCAUGGAGAGCCACUUCUGGGAUGCUUCUGAAACAUGGCACAGCACAGCAGGGAGUGAUGGGUGGCAUGACCAAAAAUUUAUAUCAGGAAAAUUUUGCUAAGCUUGUCAGUGAAGUACGGCUCUAAUGUACUAAUGAAGUAUUUUCUAAUAUAAUAAAUGCUACUCCAUCUGAAAGCAAGUGAUGGAGAUUUACUAAUCACAGAUCCCAGCUUUAUUGACUAAAUGUGCAUGAUAAUCGCAUUUGGUUAUUUGAACAGACCAAAUAAGAACGCCCUAUUUUGCUGUCAUGAUGAGUGGAUAAUGUUGAAAAUUUUGCACAAUAUGAAGGGUAAUGGAAACACAGCUAAUGUUUAACUGAUCAAGGUCUUUUUUGGACUUAUUGGGUACUUUUGGCCUUUUUGGCCUGCUUGCUUACCACCCAUCUACCAACAAGAAAAAAUAAGCCAUCUAGUCUUGCUACACUCUUUUCUUUCUUCAACUUAACCACUUUCCUGUUGAGAAUCUCAUAUUUAAGCUACGUUUUGCCAUAAAACCAUGUCUCUUUCUUUGUCUUUGCCUGCCUCACACUUCAACCAGCCCACAAAACUCCGCAUCCAUCCUUCAGCCUACGACCGUCCUGACUGGCCUUCCCAAGACAUCACUCCAGACGUGAACAAACCAUCCACAAAUCAACAAACUUGGGAAACCUUUGUAAACUCCAUAGUAGAGAAUCCCCAGCACAAGUAAUGUGUCCAUACUAUAACUGAACUGGUACAUUAAAUAUAGUUUCAUA